AUGUGUAAUUCGGCGCCCACUGGGAAUCUCACCGACUGCAAUUUUACCGUCGUUAGAGUCAGAAUGGAGUGGGGAGCACCUUCCGUCAUGUCAAUGGUCAUCUUCACUCUGACCUUCCUACUGGGCGUCCCGGGUAACGGCGCAGUCAUCUGGGUGACGGGCUUCAAGAUGAAGCGUAACGUCCACACUGUGUGCUUCCUGAACCUGGCUGUGGCUGACCUGACGUUUUGUUUGUUUCUUCCCUUCCUCAUGGCCGACACCGCCCAGCUCCGAGUUUCCGAAUCGCUUUCGGUAUUUAUCAGAUCCAUUAUAUUCCUAAACGUUUUCGCCAGCAUAUAUCAGUUAUGCCUGAUCAGCAUCUAUCGCUGCCUGGCUAUUUUACGGCCCAUCUGGUUCCAGCAACAUCUGAGCUUCGCUAGGGUACGUGCGACCUGCUUCAUGGUCUGGGUCAUAGCCAUCGCCAUGUGCCUGCCAUUAUUCUUUCCUCAGUAUCUUUCCGAGCAUAUCAUAAUUUGGACCGUCUUCAUCUUCGGCCUCCCCUUUGCAAUUAUGAUCACUUGCUACGCCCUCGUUGGCUGGAGGCUUCACGGGGACAGGUUCGCUAAUGUCAGGAAGCCCAUACGCCUGAUCGUGACCUCGGUCGCCGCCUUUGUGAUGUGCUGUCUCCCCGUCACUCUCUGCACCCUCCUGAGAAACUUCUCCCAUAGUGUUUCUCGGGACUGGCUCAUAUUCACUGAAGCCCUGGCCUCGUUCAACAGCUCCCUCAACCCUUUUGUCUACGUCUUCGCCAGCAGCGACUUCCGUCAGGUCUUCAGGCGCUCCCUGUUUGCCUCGCUCCAGCUGGCCUUCACCGAGCAUGAGCUAAAGGGUGAGACCCAGAACCGCAAUCCCACCUCAAAUACGAAUGUCUGA